CGCUGGAGUGCGCAACGCAAACAUUAUCUCUGUGUUACUUGUACGAUUAAAAAUAGUUACAGUGUGAUAUGAGACAUAUUAGGUGAAAAAUUACGGGAAAUAAUGAAAAGGAAAUAAAGUUUUAUAAAAUUUUUACAAGAAAACCAUACAAUAACAAAAGAAAACAGUGCAAAAGUGAAUAAGCAAAGUGUUACAAAACUGUCACAUUAGUGCCUAAAACAAAAUAAUACAGAUACAAGAACUAAGUAGAAGUAAUUUAAUACAAAUAAAAAUAGAAAUAAAAGUGGUUAUCGCAGAUAAUUUCAAUAAAAAUUACAAUAACCUUAAAAUCUUACAACGGAUUUUUUCGGCGUCAUGUCGGUAAAGCAGUAAUCAUAGUCAGAGAACUUAGCCGCGGCCGGCUAUUUGUUACCUACGUGCUGUCGAGUUUUUAAAAUAAAUAUUGCAUGUUUUAGUACUACCUAUUUGAAAUGGAAGAAAUAACUGAAAUACUAAAAAAUAUACAGCUUGAGAUGCAAACUCAAAAAGAAGAACUACACAUUUUUGAAAAAAGUAUAACGGAAUCCAUAAACAACAACAUAAACCAAAAAUUUUCGGAAAUCGAAUCAAAAUAUACUGAAUUAAACAAUAAAGUCGAAGAACAAGAAAAACGUAUAGAUCUAAUAGAAAAAUAUAUAAGAAGAAAAAAUUUGGUAAUUUUUGGAAUCGAGGAGAAGGAAAAGGAUUAUCAUGAUUUAACGAAGGAAGUUUUGACACUAAUCAAUGAAAAAAUGUCAGUUGAGUUAAAUACUUCAGAAAUAGAAUCUCUUCACAGAAAAGGCAAGAAGGGCGACAAGAUAAGGCCAAUAAUAUUGUCUCUUACCACUGUAAGUAAAAAGAUACAAAUAAUUAAAUGCAAGAACACUUUAAAUAAUACUCCUUAUUAUAUAAAAGAUGAUUAUCCACAAAAAAUAUUAAAAGAAAGGAUAACUCUCAAUGAAAAAGUAAAGAAAUUAAGAAACGAAGGAAAAAACGCUAUACUUAAAUACAACAAAAUAAUAAUAUUAAAUGAAGGAAUACAACAGUCAAGAAACAAAAGAAAUCUGCAGGAAUCUCCAGAAAACAGUUUUAAUAAUCAAAACCAACGCAAAUUAAAAAUGCCCCUCCCAAAACGUCAUUUUAAGAAAAGUAAAAAUUCAAAAGUAAAUACAAUUCAUUAGCUCCCAGUCCAGGUGGUCGCUGUGGGAGUCUCAGACCAAAACCCUCACAUCAAAAUCAUAUCCUAUACUUACUAUACUCCUUACUUGAAUGUAAGAGUAGGUACCUAUGUAAGAUUUAAAUGUGUACUGAUGGAGGAGGCCUAUACCCACGAAAGGGUAACCCAAUAAAGGAAAACUGAGGAUGUUAAGUUAAGCAUAGUAUUGUAUAAUCAUACUUAUAUAAAACAUAGUUAAAAUUAUAAAAUGUUACCUAUAAUAAAAGUUACAGCAAAAUGUUAUAGUAAAAUAAUAAAAUAUCGAAUAUUAUAUAUAAUAUAUAUAUAUAUAUAUAUACCUAAAGCAUUCUUAGUUACUAUAUUUUCCUUGUAAAGGCGAACAUAGAUAUUGAUUCUGAAAAAAGAAAAAGGUACAUAUUUUAGGCCUACUAAUCACAAAACUAUUUAUUACGUAACUUGACAACAAUGUACCUAAUAAGUUAAGAAUUAUAAUUAAAAACAGCAUAGCUGAAUAAAGAAUAAAUUAGCUUUUUCACUAUUUUUUGUUUUAACUGUAUAAUUUAUUGUAUUUAAAAAGAAAGUAGUAAUUUAUUGUUUAUGUUAUGUAUCAAUAGUUUCAUAUACUAUGCCAAACAGCUGAUGAUAAAAUACUAUCACGAUUUGAACUUGAUGUAUAAAACACUUAACUAUGUAUUUAUUAUUUUUUGCCAGUAUGUAUAGUAACAGAAUUCAAUGAACUGAACUAAUAAAGCAUAU